CAGACUUCACACAGCUACCUCUGGAGACACAAAAGGCUUAAUACAUUUUUUUCACAUAUGCAGUAGUAUUCCCCAACAUCUGGAAACACACUUUGAUGUGUAAAAUCAGUGGAGUUUAACAGAUGCAUUUGCCCUGUUGUCAUGGAAUUGUAGAUGUUCAAAUUUCCAUUUGUAAUUUUCCAUGUAACUUUAAAGAAGAAAUUACAUGUUUCCUCAUACAAAUGAAAAUGUUGAAUUCAUGAGCAAUAAAACACAUUCUUAUAUUUCAGUUCCUUACUUGGUCUGGUAUUAAAUAGAAGUCUAUAUAAAAGCCCCAGAACAAUCUUGUGAUGAGAUUUAAAGAUCAACUACUUUGUUUUCUACAGUCAAUCUCAACAUCUGUUUUGUUUUUUGGACAGCAUUACUUAAUUUUUAACCUGUUAGUGUGUCAUCAUGUAACCUACAUCACCCUAUUUACACCAUAAACACAUUAUAUAGACAAAGGUAUGUGACCCUUUCCUGUAUCAACAUGACAGUAUCCCCCGUGCACAAAGCCAGGUCCAUAAAGAAAUGGUUUUCCAAGUUUGGUGUGGAAGAACUUGACUGGCCUGCACAUAGUGACCUCAACCCCAUCCAACACCUUUGGGAACUGGAGCUCUGACUGAGCCAUACCUUAUCACCCAACAUCAGUGUUGAACCUCACUAAUGCUCUUUGCUGAAUGGGAGCAAAUCACUGCAGCCAGGUUCCAACAUCUGGUGGAAAGCCUGAAACCAGAAAAGUGGAGGCUGUUAUAGCAGUUGAUUAAUGGACAUGGUUUUGACAUGACAUGUUCAACUAUCACAUAUGAGUUCAGUGUUCAAGUGUCCACAUACCUUUGGCCAUGUAGUGUAUUUGUCAGGCUGGAAAAUACUGUAAAAUUUCAAAUAACCAAAACGUGACAAAGUUGAGGUUACCUUCCACAAGGUCCUUUAACGUAUUUGUACGUGUGUAUUAUGAGUGUGUUUUUCUGCCUCUAAAUAUUUUCCUGCUCCCUUUAUCAGCUUAGCUCACUCUCCAAUCUCAGUGAUUGUGAUACUGAACAGACAGUUUGCAUGUCUCUCGCCCGUCAGAGGCCUGAUUGGGCGAUAUAAAAACAUGUUCAUGUACGCAGGCUACACCCAAACAGUAAAGUGUCAAAGUUUACCUGACUGUACUUUUCCCCCAUCCUUAAGUGGUUGAAGUAACUGACUAGAUCAGUUACAACAGGUGGAGAAGUUGUGUCAGUGAAAAUACAACAGGCUGCUUUCUGCAGCAGCUUCUGAGAACAUCACGUGUGUUAAGGCUGUUGUUGCAGGAUUACUGAUAUGUCACUGAUAAUGAUAGUGUACAGUUCAGUAUCUCACUGUGUCCCUGUCAGUCAGUGCUUCAGUGUAGAAAGAGGCGUUAAGAUAAAAGCAGGAAGUGUGUGUAGAGGGGAUGAGCAGAGAAGGCAGUGGAGCUCAACAGAAGAAGAGGAAGAGGAGGCCUAACCUGGACCUGCUUGACAGACACAAUCACUGUACCCAUGACUGUGGCCCUUCGUCAUGGCAUGACUGUUUGUAGGAUAUCAUUGCUUGGUCUGCUGGCAGGUGUCUGAUGUGUUUCACUAUGAAUGUUUUCUUGCUGCUGCUGCCUGGCUUCCCGCUGUUCCUGGUUUGCAGUGUGUGUGAUCAACUGGUGGGAGCAAAGAAACAAGAACCAGUGGUUUCACUGGAGGACCACGGCUCUCGCCUCCAAGGCCUAUGGAAGCUGCACAUGAGGGACACCCUGCUAAAAGGAAAAGGUUCUAGUCCUCAUCCAAUAAGAGAAGGAGUCAAACAGCAGCUUCUCUACUGCCGUGUUGGGAUUGGCUACCAUCUCCAGAUUCUGCCCAGUGGCUCAGUGGGAGGCAUCCACAAACCCACUGAGUACUGUUGGCUGAAGGUGUUUGCUAUGAAACAUGGAGUGGUGGGAAUCAGAGGAGUCAAGAGUGGCUUGUACCUCUGUAUGAGCAAAGAAGGACUGGCAUAUGGAGUGGAGCAGUUUUCUGACGACUGUCUGUUGAAGGAGAACCUGGAGGAGAAUCACUACACCACCUACUCCUCUCUGUCUCACCCAGGCCUCUAUCUGGCUCUUUCCCACAAGGGAAAGCUCAGGAAGGCCAACAGUGUGGGCCGCCACCAGUCCUGCACCCACUUUCUACCUCGGAGGACACCGUGAUCAGGGUCCACUAACAGCCAUCUUUUUCAUAAUUGGAG